UUUUCGGAUCAAUUAGGUACUUUUAUUAAACUCGUUCUCAAAUUAUGAAACGUGCCAGUUACAUUUCAAGUUACCGAAACCGCGAUGCAAUAAAAAAUAAAAAUCUUACGCGCCACAUUCGAUAUUUGAAAUUUAAACUUUUGAAUUGUGCGUUCUGUCAACACUGCGUUUGUUUGAAUUUAUUUUUUAUCAGGGUAUUUGCUCAGAUCCCCGCUAUCACAUAGUUUUUAUCAAUGAUUUACUCGGUGAGUGCGAAAGAAUCCGACCUAGAACGUUGUACAAGUUUUUAAUGAGGAAACUGGCAUUUCCUGAAAUCGUUUUAACAGUUAUUCGGUUUUCAGUGUUCCUAACUAGCUGUUCGUGAAGUGUAGUGAAAUUUGGUGUUAUGUCUUCAAUUUUGGGCAUGGGAGCGAGUUUGGAGAGGUCUUUUGAUACGUACAUCAAGAAAAUGAAGGGAUACACUAUUUUAGAUGAUAUCGGCGGGGACUCCACUUACAACAUGGCGUCCAUAAACUCUAGCGGGGAAUUGAAAAGCCCCGGGGACCCCCCGGACAAGAAGGUAGCUGACGUCGAUGCUGAAAAACAACCACUGUCCGGGGCAUUAGAGGGAGAAGGAGAUAAUUCGGAGGGCUCGGAGACAGAUGAAGAGGCGAAUAUAUGCGAAGCAGAGGAAGAGGGCAGCAGAGAAGCUAGUAUCAACAAAAAAGAAGAAAGAUGGUGGAGCACACUGAUGCAGGUGGCUGUGCCGUUCUUCAUCGCCGGCUGCGGCACCAUCGGAGCUGGUCUCGUGCUGGGAACAGUCAGGGACUGGGACGUGUUCCUGAACGUGUCCGCCAUCUUUGUUCUCGUGCCAUCUCUCUCUGGACUUAAGGGUAAUCUUGACAUGUGUCUCGCGUCUCGGCUGUCGACGCAAGCCAACCUGGGCAACAUGGAAUCAACCAGGGAAGUCAUGUCCAUGGUCAUCGGGAACAUAUCACUGGUCCAGGUGCAAGCGAUAGUAGCGUCAUCCGUGGUGUCGGUCUUCGCGAUAGUGGUCAACUCCAUCACGGAGCGGGGCAUCCACGGGCCGUACGUACUGCUCAUCACGGCGUCCGCCAUCUUUACUGCCACCACCACCUGCUUUGUGCUUGACUUCGUGAUGGUGAUGGUGAUCUACGGCUCUCACAAGUUCAAGGUGAACCCUGACAACGUGGCGACGCCUCUAGCGGCUUCCAUCGGAGACAUCGUCAGCAACUCCGUACUCGCUGUGACAGCCCAGUACAUGUACGAGCAAAUACAGGUCUCUCUAUGGCAGCCUAUCACGCUCAUGUGCGUAUACUACUGCCUCCUGCCUCUCUGGGUGUUCGUGGUAUGGAAGAACAAAUACACCAAGAAAGUCCUCACCACUGGAUGGACUCCUGUCAUAUCAGCUCUCUUCAUAAGCGGUAUCGGAGGUAUCGUACUCGACCAGGCCGUGGAUAGGUACCGAGGGUACGAAGUCUUCCAGCCCAUCGUCAACGGCAUCGGAGGCAACCUGGUCUGCGUCCAGUCCUCGAGACUCGCCACGCACUUGCAUCAGACCGCCAUUCCUGGACAGCUGCCUGAAGGCACCAGGAUCUUGGAGUGGCCGUGGAAGACGCUGUUCUUCGGAACCAAGGCUGCUAAAGUGGCUCGCAUGUUGAUCAUCCUGGCCCUGUUCGGUCAGAUCAUCUUCAUGACAGUAGCCGACUUCGUCUACCAAGGAGUGGUGACCAUUCAAGUGGCGUUCGGUGUUACCUACCUCAUGUGCUCUAUGUUACAGGUUAUGGUGCUCUUAUACCUGGCAUACAUGCUCAUCCAUCUGAUGUGGCAGAAAAAGAAGGACCCUGACAAUGCAGCUAUCCCUUACCUCACUGCCUUAGGUGACCUGCUAGGAUCAGUCUUCUUAGGUCUUGCCUUCGUCGUCCUGUCCAUGUUCGGAAUGGAAUACGGUAACAACGUCCUGUGAGCUGUUCCAAAGUUUUAUCCUACGCUGGAUGUUAUUAUUUUCUUGUGAUUCUUUUCUAAAGGAUGGAGUUGGAAGAUGCAAAUUGGUGUCAACGUUGUCUGCACUCGUAGAAUUGCACAAAUCAUUAAAAACGUUGAUAUGGCAGUAAAUCUUUGGUUACGUAAAUUCAUAUAACUCGAGAAUUUUGAAAAUAUUCUCGUCAAUACUUAGACUUGAACGUUGAUACAAUGGUUGCCAUAUCAACGACAGUUAUUGUCUGCCAAAUUUUUUAUUGUUGCGAUGUUUCUGUUAAUACAGUAAAUUAUAUUUCUUUUUAGAUGCAUGUAACGUAUUUCACCAAAUUAGCUUUACUUGGUUGUAGGUGUUUAUUAGCCUUUUAUUUGAGAUAAAAGUUUACAUUUUUAUUAAGAAAUACGUACCUUAUGGAAUUUUAACCUUGAGCAGUAUUGAAAAAUAAUGAAAUAGAAAGUAUUAGUGUUUAUGGUGCCAAUGUGUUUACAUGGAUGACAUGUUAUUGUAUAGUGCACAACUCAAUUAUCAUCCUAGUUGUUAUUCUUCCAUGUUUUGAAGAAGAGCAUUGUGCUUAGUGGUAUCUCGCUCUCUCGCUCUGACCUUUUGUAUUCUAAGAAUGAGAGUAGCUCCGUCUGUGAUAUGUACCCAAAAAUGUGAUUUAUUGCAAUUACUAUGUUUUAAAACUUGACACCAUGUUUUUCGAGGAGGACAAUAAAUUAACCGUUGUGGGAUAUUUUGAAUAUUAAUGACAAAUUAAGUGGGGCGUGAUAUUUUAUUCGACGAUGCUAUCUAUUUAUCGACUAUGAUGUUUUUCCAACUUUUAAAUCUUUAUUUCUAUUCUUUCUAUAACUUUUUAUGUUAAGCCCUUUUUAAAGCAUGUUAUAUUAUUUUAUUAUGUGUUUAUUUUAACUAAACUUCGAAAACUUAACGAUUAGGAUCAAUUCAAAUUGUCAUAUUUUUCGGUAGAUUUUGUCUAUGAGUAGUUAGCAUAUUCGAAGUGUAAAUUGCAAUUAUCCUAGUAAAUUGUAGAUAUCGUUGAGUGUAAAUAGUUUUUGCGUAAUAUUAGCAUGUAACCGCUAUACCUGUGCCGUUUGCUAAUGUGAUAUAGCAGUAUAUUAUAGCUGUACUAUAUGGUUUCUGAAUUUAAUACUUACUGACUUAGAAUAAAACUAGGUUUUUAGUUUUAUUCUAUUGUUUUUUUUUAUUUGUUUACUUUAGACUCAAAAUUAUGAGAUUGAAAUCAUUUUAACGAACUUUUUAUUCGUUCAUUUUACAAUUCAGGAGCCAAUAAAGUUACCUAUAGACGUAGUAUAGUUUAGAAAAAGAGUACAAUAAAGCAAUUACGUAGAUAAGGUACGAGGCCUAAAUUAUGUAAUUUAUUAUAGUAAUGAUUAAUCUUCUAGUUUAAGAGAGCAUUUUAUGAGUGAAUAUUAUUAUUAAGGAAAAUAUAUUGUGAGUGUGUGAUGAGAUCUCAGUAUAAAAAAUGAAAUCAAUAAAAUAAAAUUCUUCAAA